UAAAGACAUGCAAGUUUAUCGUGCAGAUUUAUAGAGGAAUGGUUAAAAAUAAUCGACAGCGUAAUAGAACAAAUUAGAUUGAAGAUGGCUACUAUAAAGUGUCAGAUAAGGAAAGUCAAGUUGCAGCUGAAGCAGAGAAAAGAGCUGGGCGAGGCUCUACGCGCUAUAGAUUUCGAACAAUUGAACAUAGAAAAUCAAGUUUGCAUACGAAAAAUCGACGAGAAGUACCAGCAUCUGCUUCAAAUGAAAAAAAUCGCGGGAGGCUAUAGCAUAGCACUGACCAAACACAAGGAAAAAGUAGAUGGCUUGACGUCAACUAUGAAUGGAAUUCCAAGUGUUAUAGACUAUAUUAAACUGCGCAUAAAACUACGGGAAUUACAAAGAAUUCACAAGCAACUAAGCAGGCAAAGAGGGAUUCAACAAAUAACACUCAAGUCUCGGAGUCAAUCACAAGACGUGUUGUAGUAACAUAUUGUUGUAAUUAUUAAGAAAAUAUUUAGUUAAUUAAAAUAACCUACUGUUUUAUUUAGUAAAAUAAUUUUACUCGUUUUUUUUUCAGAAAUUCUUUCUGUUUGUAAAAAAGAGCCAAAUUGUAUAGAGUAAUGGACGGAAUUAUAUGAAGUCAAGGUACAAUGUGUCUCUUUACUUUUCUACCGUAGAAAAUAGAUUUAAACCGUUGUAAGAAAUAU